AUGUCGUGGGAGAUCUCCGCACACAACGACGCAGACCGCCUUGGAUCCGAGGUUCUGCCGCAGUCCGUACAUUCAGGAGCUCUACGUGCCGCCAGUGGGAAAUUUGUGGAAAACCCAAAGAACACUGCAGGAAGAACACAUUUCCCGAAAGAUAAAGCCGCUCAAGAGCACAGGCCUAUUGACAUCUUUGACUUCCCUGAGAAUUCUGUGAUCUCCGGAAAUGACAAAGAUGAAGAAGCCUAUGAAACUGCAGACCCUCCCUUGCACAGCAUUGCCAUCUACACUGAUGAUGAGUUCGGACACUGUGCAUCUUCAGUGCCUUUGACUCCUCAAAGUUUGAGCACUACUGAAAAUGAAGCAAGUGGAAGCAAAUCUGUAACAGUUAGUGUAAGAAAGUCCACAAGAAAACUGGAGCCCAUUCGUGAUGACUCUGAGAGCACAGAAGACGUAAGGAGAAAAGUGAAGUCAGUAGAAAAAAUAAGGCCCGAUUACCAUGAUACUACUCCACCUGCGCAGUCUUCAGAACCGUCAGAGAAUUCGGCUGAAGCAGUCAUUCCUAAGAGAACCAAGCCCCUCAGCACCUAGGCCAAGGCACUCACUCCUGAGAGUACCAAGCCCCUCAGCACCCAGCCCUCAAUCAACAAAAAGACUCGGGCAACACAAAGGCAACUGAAAACUGAGAAAAGGACCGUGGUUCCAGGCAAAAGAAAGAAACCAAGAAGCGAAGCCACAGACUCUGAUGUUUCUGAGAGUAUGCAUGUUUGGUGUCUAGAAGGAAGGAAAUCCAGUGACAUCAUGGAGUUGGAUAUUAUUUUGUCUGCGUUUGAGAAAAUCUUCCUGCAAUAUCAACAAAGAAUUGAAUCUACAGUUUAUAAAGAAGCUGUCACCAAAUUUUACCUUACUAUUAAAGAAGAACUCAUCAGAAUGCGCAAAGAAGUCCAGAUGUCGAAAACCCUGAAAAGGAAGAAGGCUAAGAUGACCACCGACAUUGAAAGGAAAAGACAACGUCUGAUUGAAGUCCAGGAUGAAUUGCUUCGGUUACAGCCACAGCUGAAACAACUACAAACAAAACACGAUGAACUUAAGGAGAGAAAGUCAUCUCUUGGCAAAGCGAUGUGCUUUAUAUCUAAUUUAAAACAGCUUUAUCAAGACUACUCAGAUGUCCAGGAGAAAGAACCACACAUACAAGAAACAUAUGAUUCGCCCAGCCUUCCAGCUCUGUUAUUUAAAGCAAAAACCAUUUUGGCAGCAGAAAACCAUCUGAAAAAUAUCAACCAGCACUUAGAGACGCUCCUGGACCAGACUGGGGCAGCCAGUGACUGAAAC